AUCGUGAAAAUCAGUAAGUUAUGGAGGCUGUUUUUGUAAUUGUCGGAGGUGGUAUAGCUGGAGUUACUUGUGCAGAGACAUUAGCAUUUUUUGAACCAGAAAAAUCCAUAAUUCUGCUUAGCGAAUCAUCCCUAAUAAAAACCGUUACCAACCUGCAUGCUAUUACAAAAAUUUUAACCAAUUUCGAUAUAAAAGAAAUAAGUGCUCAAGAAUUCAGCACUAAACAUUCAAAUAUCACCGUUAUUCAUGAUACUCUUAUAGAAAUUAAUGACGAGGAACAUUUCAUCAAGACGAAAGAUAGUAAAACCAUAAAAUACCAGUAUUUGUGUCUUUGCACGGGAGCAGAGCCCAAGUUGAUACCACAAGCGAAUGAAUUUCCUGAAAUAUUGGGUAUUAGGGACACAGAUUCUGUAGAAAGUGUCGUGCAAAAAGUGAAGGAGUCUAAAAAGAUUAUAAUUGUUGGCAACGGUGGUAUAGCCUCCGAAUUGGUGUACAAAAUUCAAAAUGCUGAGAUUCAUUGGGUUAUUAAAGACCGACAUAUAGCUGCAACAUUUGUAGAUCCAGGCGCAGCAGAGUUCUUUCAGCCAUCAUUAGAAAAGAGAGAAAUGUGUGAACCUCCAGUAAGCAAGAGAAUGAGGUACAAGGAAGAAGAAUUUAAAAAGUCUGGUGCUGCGUUAGGCCCCGAUUGGUAUAAGAACUUAAUAAUUAACGGGGCUAAUGCAGAAGUACCUUCUUCCGUAACAGUUCACUAUCAGUCAGAAGUCAGUUCUGUGAAAAAACCAGCCAGCUCGGUAUUCCCUCUAGAAGUGAAUUUAACUGACGGAGAAAAAAUCGAUUGCGAUUUAGUGAUAUCGGCGACCGGAGUCAGUGCAAGAAGAAAUUUUACCACAAAGAACAAUUUCGAAUUAUCCGAAGAUGGGGGCAUACAAGUAAACGAGUAUAUGCAAACGAACCUGCUCAACAUUUAUGCUGCCGGUGAUAUUUGCAGCGCUAACUGGCCUGUGGCGAAACACUGGUUUCAGAUGAAACUCUGGACCCAAGCAAGACAAAUGGGCUGUUACGCUGCCAAGAGCAUGGUCGGUCACUUAAACGGUGAAGAAGUCCUGCAGGAUUUCUGUUUUGAAAUGUUCGCACACUCAACUCGACUUUUCGGAUACAAAGUUAUAUUGCUGGGUCUCUUUAACGGACAAAAACUAGGCACCAACUAUGAAAUUUUGCUUAGGAUGACUAAAGGGCUGGAAUACAUCAAAUUCGUGUUAGAAAAUGAUAAGUUGCAGGGUGCAGUUCUUAUUGGGGAUACAGAUUUGGAGGAAAUGGCAGAAAACUUAAUAUUAAAUCAGAUUGAUUUGUCGCCUUAUGGCGAUGAUAUUCUUAACCCCGACAUCGAUAUUGAGGAUUACUUUGAUUAAUGUUUUAAUAAUUAUUUGUAUUUAAUUGCAGAAACUGUUUAGAACUGAUUAAAUUUUUAUCAAAAUUAA